CAAUCAUCUUUGGUGGAUGGGCUGCACUGUCCACAUGCCUUGCACCAGACUCCUGAAACAAGUAUCCUGUUUGUGGGAAGAGAUUUCCAGAAUAAAGGAAGAAAAAUGCUUCAUUGAUGUUCCAGUCUCUUUGAGCAAAUGUAAUGCCCUAUCAAAUUUGUGGGAACUCCAGCAUGUAGCUACUUAACAUGGACUAGUGAUAUCCUGGACAGCACUAAGCAGCUGGAGUUUCAAUAACAGCAGUGCAUUGAGGCGAUGCAUAAAAAAUGUAAGGAGUGCACAGUGUACCAGGCACCCCACCUACUUGCUUCGUCAAGCUCCACUUUCCUCGCCUAUUACCAGGGUUUGUUGAUCCCACCUAAGACUUUUCAGCCACCUCGGAACUUUCAGAUCCAGAGCGGAAACAAAUGAUCUUCAAUCCUGAGGACUUGGUGAAGAAGAAUAAUUAUGGAUACCAGUGAAUUGAGUGACAGAGAAAAUGGCAGCAGAAACACAGACGCUUAACUUUGGACCUGAGUGGCUCCGUGCAUUGUCAAGCGGUGGGAGUAUUACUUCUCCACCCCUCUCACCAGCGUUGCCAAAGUAUAAGUUAGCAGAUUACCGUUAUGGGAGGGAAGAAAUGCUAGCACUUUAUAUAAAGGAUGUUAAGGUUCCUGUAGACCUAUCUGAUAAAGAGUUUCUACCUAUUUUGCAAGAGGAGCCCCUGCCACCUUUAGCACUUGUACCUUUUACAGAAGAAGAACAGAGAAAUUUUUCCAUGUCUGUAAAUAGUGCAGCAGUCCUAAGAUUAAUGGGACGAGGUGGAGGAACAGUGGUAGGGGCGGCAAGAGGUAGAAGUUCCUCAAGAGGUAGAGGUCGAGGACGAGGUGAAGGUGGUUUUUACCAAAGAAGUUUCGAUGAAGGUGAAGUAGGUUUUGGUCGAGGGGUUCGAGAAAUGCACAGAUCGCAAAGUUGGGAAGAAAGAGGAGAACGACGGUUUGAAAAACCAGGGCGAAAAGACCCAGGAUUGAAUCAUCCCAAGGACCAACACUCCAACCUGGGUGCGCCAAGUGACUUCCUCUCAACCUCUGGGUUCCCUAUAAAAUCAGGGAGACCAACUUUUGAAGAAAUGGGGACAUCAUCCACAAGAAAACAUGAAUUUACUCGCUCUGAGAGUGAGAACUGGCGGGUUUGCAGAGAUGAACAGAAUGGUGAGGAUGAUGAUGGAGGUUGGCGUUUAGCGGGGCCUCGUCGAGAAGGUGAUAGAUGGCAACCACAUAGUCCAGGUUGGAGAGAAGCUACAGAGCGCAGGAGGCGGUUUGAAUUUGAUUAUAGAGAUCGAGAUGAUGAACGGAGUUAUAGACGAGUGCGCUCGGGUGGCAGUAGUGUGGAUGAUGAAAAGGACAGUUUGCCAGAAUGGUGUCUAGAGGAUGCAGAUGAAGAGAUGGGGACAUUUGAUUCUUCAGGCGCAUUUAUGUCCUUAAAGAAGACUCCCAAAGAACCUAUUCCAGAGGAACAAGAAUUAGAUUUUAAGCAGAUAGAAGAUGGAGGAGAAAGAUCAAACUCAGAGGAAAGUGAAAAAGAAGCUAAGGAACCUGACAAGAACACCAAAAAAGAGACUGAUGAAGAAACAAACAAAAUGGAAGAGUCCAAAGAUGUUCCCUGUGCAACUUCACCCACUCCUCCUUCAGAACCACAGACACCGAUGGUUUCCAGCCCACCCAAAAAGGAAGAAAACAAAUCAGAAAAAAGUGAGGAUGCGCAACAAAGCAAAUCUGCCCCUGAAGCGAUGGAAACCUCAGCAUCUUCAAACCAGAAAUCUCCAGCUCUGCCUAGUAAUGGCUCUCCUCCUGCUGCUGAUAUAUCUUCAGUGUCUCCCUCACCUACAACUCCAACCGUUGCAAACCGCAGUAUACCUCAGGACAAUGAUGAUGAUGAAGGGCUUAAACACCUUGAACAGGAAGCAGAGAAGAUGGUAGCAUCUUUGCAGGACAAUGCCAUAGAUGAGGAAAGGCUAUCAACACAAAUUCAAGAGCAACGGACUAAAGCUGCUGCUUUGCCAUUGUCUCAUGAAGCUGCUAUGAAGUGGUUUUAUAAAGAUCCACAAGGAGAAAUACAAGGGCAUUUCACUAACCAAGAGAUGGCAGAAUGGUUCCAGGCAGGCUACUUCACAAUGUCUUUACUUGUAAAGAGAGGCUGUGAUGAGGGUUUCCAGCCAUUGGGAGAGGUUAUUAAGAUGUGGGGCAGAGUGCCUUUUGCUCCAGGACCCUCCCCUCCUCCAUUGCUGGGUGAUUUGGAUCAGGAAAGACUGAAGAGGCAACAGGAACUGGCUACUUUGAAUUUAUACCAGAUGCAGCAGAUACAAUAUCAGCAGUUUCUGCAGGCUCAGCUAAUGACCAGGCAACAGUAUGCACAAGCAAUAGCACACCAUCAAAAGGCAGCUGUGGGAGCUAUAACAUCACAGCAACAGCAACAGCAGCAACAACAGCAGCAACAGCAACUGGCUGUCAUUCUGGAGCAGUUUCAAGCCUUAAAGUUAAGAUCUUCAGAGCAAAGUCUGAUGCCCCCAGUAACAAGGUCAAUGACUGUACCUGACAGUAACUCAAUAUGGGAAUUGCAAACGCCAUCACCUCAGGCCUCAGGUUGGGAUUGUGGCAGUGUGUGGGACUUGCCAGUAGAUUCUUCAACUCAAACUUCCUCUGUUGAUCAAAUUCAGCAGAUGGAGAGAGGGAAAGCUGCCAAGCUUGAACAAGAAAGGAGAGAAACAGAAAUUAGGGCAAAAAGGGAAGAAGAGGAAAGAAAACAAGAAGAAAUUCGUCGUCACCAAGAAGAGGUACUGAGGAGGCAAGAAGAGGAAAAGAAACGUCGGGAGGAAGAGCAGCUUAUGAGGAGGAAACAGGAAGAAGCACUUCGACGUCAAAGAGAGCACGAAGCAGCACUGCGCCGGCAAAGGGAAGAGGAAGAGCGACAACAACAAGAAGAAGCCCGUCGAAGACAUGAAGAAAGGCAGAGAGAAGAGGAAGAGAGACGCCAAAGGGAAGAAUUGCUUCGAAAACAGGAAGAAGAACGCAGACGUAAGGAUGAAGAAGCAGCACGGUGGAUGAUGGAGGAGGAAGAGGCUCGGCGACGUGCUGAAGAAGAAAAUCGGCGAAAAAUGGAGGAAGAGAACCGUCUUCGAUUAGAGGAAGAGGAGCAAAAAAGAAAAGAUUUGGAGCGUCAUAAAGAGCUGCAGAAACAAGAAGCACUGAGACAGAGACAACAGCAGCAGGAGGCACUGAGACGUUUACAGCAACAGCAGCAGCAACAGCAGUUAGCCCAAAUGAAGCUUCCUUCUUCUUCAACGUGGGGCCAGCAGUCAUCUUCAGUCUCAACACAAUCCCAGGGGACACUAUCCUUAGCUGAAAUACAGAAGUUGGAGGAGGAAAGGGAGAGGCAACUACAGGAAGAGCGACGGCAGCAGCAGGAAUUAAUGAAAGCCUUGCAACAACAGCAAAACCAACAGCAGAAACUGACAGGAUGGGGUAAUAUUCCAAAAGCUUCAGUUACUACCAAAUCACUUUUGGAAAUUCAACAAGAGGAAUUCAGGCAAAUGCAGAAACAGAAGGAAAACAGAGCACAGCCAAGGACAUCAGCAGCAAUGAAGCUUAACAUGUCUGGCAGCCACGAGGAGUCUUCAUACAAGAGCACCACAGCAAUUAAAAGGGAGGAAUCAUCAAAUAAGAGAUCAGAGAGGAACCAGCAUUCCAGUUUACCAGUUAGCACUACUUCUGUAUGGGGCUCAGUCAACACCAGUCCUACCAACCAGUGGGGAACAGACAUAAGCAGUGUCUGGGGUGCUCCAGAUAACAAGAACAUAAAUGUGGGCUUCUGGGAUGAGGCUGUAAAAGAAGUGGGGCCUCCUGCAAAAAAUCAGACUUCCAAAAGUAACAAGAACAAUUCUAACCCUGGAAAGUCUCAUGGAGUUCAGAACAAACCAAAUAAAAAAGCUGAAGAGGAAGAAAAGCUUGUGAAGUUGUUUCAGGGGGUGAACAAAGCACAAGAUGGAUUUACCUUAUGGUGUGAGCAGAUGUUGCAAGUUCUAAACACAGCUAAUAACUUGGAUGUUCCUACAUUUGUCUCCUUCUUGAAAGAGGUCGAUUCUCCUUAUGAAGUUCAUGAUUAUAUCCGAGCUUACCUUGGUGAUACCCCAGAAACAAAAGAAUUUGCGAAGCAGUUUCUAGGACGCCGUGCCCAACAGAGAGCCAAUCAACAGCGGCAGUUGCCACAACAGCAGGAUUCAGGAUGCUCUGAAAUUCAAACAGGUCUACAGUCCAUCUAUCCGUCAAAUCACAGCAGAAAUCAGCAACCAAAUUUUGAAUCUGUACAGGCUGGAAAGAGAAAGAAAAAGCAGAAGAUGAUACGUGCUGAUCCCAGCAUCUUAGGUUUUUCUGUAAAUGCUUCAUCAGAGCGCCUGAACAUGGGAGAAAUAGAGACACUUGACGACUACUGAACACAAGCAAACUCUUGAUUUAUUUAAACAAAAAGUUGUUAAUCAUGAAUUCUGAAUGCAUCAACCAAUAUCAGUUAAUUAAAAAAUAAUCUGUCACCUUGAGUUCAUGUCUGUCUUUGGUACUUCAAUGCAUUUUGUUGUGGCCCCUUCAUUCGUAAUGCAAUCAUGUUUCAUGUACAAAGCAGCCACUCCAAAGGGCUCUGCACUAACCUACAAGUUUCUGAGCAUAGAAUCACUGGUUUGAAAAUGUAACACUUAAUGGUGCAGUAAAAUGCAGUGCAUGUCCUAUAAACAUUUGUUUCCUUAUCAGUUUAUUGUUGGAUUUUAUUCAGAAUACAUGAUUAACAGGUCUAUUCAAUGUUGGUCAUGUUAACAUCCAUUGUUUGGUUGAACAUUACAUAACAAUCCUGUCAGUAAUGUAUUUAUAAGAUAAUUCUAUAAUGCACAUGUUGAAGUGCUUUAGUACUGAGAUGUAUUAAAGGUGGUUUGGAUAUUGUAAGGAUAUCCAUUCGGUUUUUGUGAGGAGUACCUAAUCUUUUCUUGCCCCUUUUGAAGAUAUACAAUUUUUUUGGCCUUGUACAGUUUUUUUGAAAUUAAUAUAUUUGCAAUAUUCAAUACAGUAUAGCCAUUUCAAAAUAUGCAGCUAUAAUCGAUAAGUUGGUUGAAAUAUUUCUGGGUGUCCAGAAAUCAAGGUUUUCUUAGUUAUGCAGUUGCUACAUGAAGGCUGCAAUGUGUAACUAGAGACAUGUAAGAAAUUUUACUUUCCCUUGCUGUUAAAACAUGCAUGUGCAGGCCAGUGCCCAAUAAGGAGCUUUCUCUCUUAAAGGGGCUGUAUCCACUUCUUGUUCAGGUUGUAUUUUAAAAUUGUUCAAUAGUAAAUCUUUUACAGCAUCUUGGCCUAAUCAAAAUCUGUUUAUACAACAUGAAGAUGACUAUGGAAAAAAAUGCUGCAGCUACUGUAUGCCACCAGUUAUAAUGCAACAUUGAAUUUGCAGCUUACUGUAUUUAGGUGUACAGAAGAUUCCCUUUGAAAGGGAACUUGGGUAAUUGACCCUUUGGUGACUGAAGGACUCUUUUAGUUUCUGAGAAACAUGUUUUGAAUCACUUUUUUUUAAAAAAUAAGAUUCUGUACAAACGUAAUGCUAAAUAUUAGACUGAGAACAGAGUUAUAUACACAGAACAUGUCUCUAAAGUGCAUUCUGAAUUAAAGAAAAUGCAGUGAACCUAAUUUGCUGUCACUGCUUGCUUCAUGUCACUUUUCUAAAAACCAGUGCUUUUAAUGGUUUUCCAGUUCUGUUCAAAUUAAUUUGGAUUUAUUUUUGAAAGUAGACACGACUCAUCCUCUUUCCUAAUUGCCUUACAGAGGGCAAGGGUUAAAUUGGCAGCUGAGUGGUGGUGAAGGAGAGAUGGAUUAUAGGCAUAAACUUGGUCCCACCACACUGGCACUACAUUAGAACUCACCACAUGCCACUUUUUGCUAUCCUUUCUAUGCUUUAUGCACCUGUACACUUUAUGGAUAUUUGUUCCAGUUAAAUACAAAUUAUCAGGAAGGACAGCAAAUCAAAAUCCAUAAAAACAACAAUGCGGCCUUAAUUUUAUUAAGGUGCUUUUCUACUUUUGUUAAUUGCAGGUAUUUUGUCUGCUAAUAAAGUGACAGUAGCAAGAACCCUCUUCCAUUGUGUUGAGGCAAUGCUUAAAAUGUCCUACUGGAAUAAAGGACCCCCAUUGUUUAGCCAUAUUGGAGUUUGCACUAAGGAUUUCAUCUCCUUAAAUGCAUGAUUUAUUUAAAAAUUGAAAUUUAAAAACAUUGAAAGCAUAUUCUGCAUAAUAAAAUUUGUAUACAGGUU